AUGUUACGAAAUCGACCAUCACAAAAUCUCAUGGUUCCGGUAGAAUAUCCACCAAAGGAUGACUUUGAAAACAAUAGACAGUUAAAUGUAAUUGCGAGAGCCAUAUUGCUUGACGAAAGUCUUGUUCAAUUAUGGAAUCUUGUCAUAUCGGGAGCAUUACUAAUCCUAUUUCCUCCAUCCCCACCACCUGGAUGGCUUUGCCCUACUGCCGACGAUGUAAAAUUCCGCCUCACCAAACUUAUCGAACUAGGGUUUAAGCUCGACGAUAAUUCCAUAGUAGACGCCUUACAGAUGUUCGAAAAUAAGCUGGAUAUUUACGGCGAUAUCUUUUGGAAUGUUUUCACCACAAUUCGAAGCGGUGAAUCUAAUUUUUCACUUCUUUUCGGUCUUUUUAAAGAGGCUUUUGAGCCAUCAAGGGGUCUCAAAACAUCAUUGUUUUUAAAUUUCCUAAAAUCAAGGUGUGUGAGCAUCAAAGGAUAA